CUCUUUUCUUCGCCAGCCUUGCACUUGCGGAUUACGCGCCUUCAGCAGCCUAGACUUGCUUACAAUAAAUCCGAAAUAGAUUCGAACCCUUCAGAGAGCUCAUCGUCUUUUCUCUUCACCUCUGGUCGUUUAUCGUAUGCCAAUUCAGCCGCCGUACUUCAAAGGCUGCCCAAAAUGACGAAGCUCCCAGAGGCUCAGCUGUCCGAACAAGCUCCCAUCACUCAGGAUGACCCCGAUGUUCCCAAAACUCGCAAGGCGUUCGUGCCUCUGGAAAACAACCCAGAGGUCAUGUCCUCCCUGGUUCACAAGCUUGGACUUUCACCCAACCUCUCUUUCCACGACGUCUUCAGUAUCGACGACCCCGAACUUCUUGCCUUCGUGCCCCGACCUGCCACAGCACUCUUGCUCGUAUUUCCAGUCAGCAAAUCAUACGAGACCUUCAGAGUGGAGGAGGACAAAGAGAAGAAGGAGUAUGAGGGCAAGGGUGCGAGCGAGCCCAUCAUCUGGUACAAACAGACUAUCCGAAAUGCAUGUGGUUUGAUUGGAAUAUUACAUGCUGUCAGCAACGGAAGCUCGAGGGGCUAUAUCACAUCCAAUUCUGAUCUUGAGAAGCUGGUGAAGGAUGCCACACCACUCGGCCCAGUCGAACGAGCAGACCUACUAUACGAGUCCCAAGCCUUAGAGAAAGCGCACCAAGGUGCUGCGACCCAAGGGCAAAGCAAUGUGCCAGGUGCCGAAGACGACAUCGACCUGCAUUUCGUUUGCUUUGUUAAGGACGAGAAAAAUAACCUGUGGGAAAUGGACGGCCGAAGAAAAGGCCCACUAGAGAGAGGUACUCUUGCGGCAGAUGAAGAUGUCUUGAGUGAGAAGGCUCUUGAUCUGGGUGUCCGCAGAUUCCUGAAACGAGAAGAGGAGGCCGGUGGUGGCGAACUCAGAUUCAGCUUGAUCACAUUGGCUCCAAGUCUUGAUUGAUAGCUCAUGAUACUCACGCAUGCAUACAAUGGCGUAUGGGGGGAAUGCUGGGCGGGGACUGUAGCCAGGGAAGGCACUUUGAACUUGCAUAUGGGAAGAUCUUGAGCGGCAGUGUGUCUACAAACGAGCAUUAGAACUACCAGCCCCUAUUGCAACAGUGAUUUUGGCAUGGAUGGAAAUGGCUUCUGCUGACAUAAACAUGGUCUAGGUCCUAGAGUUCACGAAUUUGCUGUUGCGCAUUUUCAGUCCCAUCUUGGAUCAUGCAUGAGGGUCUGAGCCUUCAUGUCAACUCCUCCCUCGCUUGCACAGCUGGACACAUCUUUUCCACAAGCGAGCGAGAGACCCUUUACCUCACCGACUGCAAACAUUCUUCUAAGUUGGCUGUACUUCAUUUACGCCUCUAACUCCACUUAGACAUUUACCACGAAUCAGAGCAGCUC